GGUGUUUGGCGGCCAGUAAGACUAGGGCUUUAUAUUGAAAUUCAGAAAAUCUAGGCGCCAAAUCCGCUUAAUCUCAAAGGUUCGGCUAAUCAUCUGAGGCUUUUGAUCGAUUCUGCAAACAUGUUCUGUCUUAGCGAGCUGGAAGAUACAGUAAGAGUGUCUCCGGAUCUCCUUAACCUCCCACUCGAAGAUGCCAUUAAGUUAGUGCUUCAAAAUCUGUUCUUAGACAAGGUUCUGUCUAUUGGCCUCUGCGUGUCUAUUUACGACAUAAGAUCAGUAGAAGGCGGGUCUGUUUUACCCGGUGAUGUUGCUGCCAUCACCUAUAAGGUCUGUUUUAGAAUUGUAGUGUUUCGUCCAUUUGUUGGUGAGGUCAUUGCUGCAAAGUUCAAAGAAUCUGAUUCCAAUGGCUUGCGCUGUGACUUGACACUUGGAUUCUUUGAAGAUAUUUAUGUGCCUGCUCCUUUUAUACCGAGACCUAACCGCUGUGAGCCUGACCCUUACAAUAGGAAUCAAAUGAGAUGGGUGUGGAUAUAUAAAGGAGUCGAGUAUAUUAUCGACGAUUCAUGUCAGAUCAAUUUUAGAGUUGAGAACAUCAGCUAUCCACAUGUUCCUUUUGAGCGAGCAGAGGAUGCAAAGCCCUUUGCUCCUAUGGUGGUCACUGGGACUUUAGAUGAUGAUGGUUUGGGCCUUGUUUCUUGGUGGGAGGGUUCUAGUGAGAUUAAUCUUGAAGAAGAUGAUGAUAAUACCUGAACCAAACUUCUAUCUCCCAAAUGUAAGACUUAAGGUUCUUCAAACUAGUAUGUUUUGCUUUUUAGCAUAGGAAGUUGGAAUUAGACUCCUUAAUUUGGUUUUA